AUGGGCAAGCCAAAAACAAUUGAUGCAUUUUUUAAGAAAAAGGAUGCUGAUUCAAAUUCUAAAAUGUCUUCCUCGACAUCAAAUCCUCAAACUUUAGCUCCUGAGCAACGCCAUUCUAAGAUGCCAAGAAUUGAAUCUCAAGUAGUUGAGUCAUUUGACAUUUCUACUCUACAACAUGAUCCAGGAUUACGUCCUCAAAUAUGGGAAUAUCCUGUUAAUCAACGGGAUGAAAUUAGAUGUGCUUAUCUUAAAGUUGGUCCGCAUAGGUUCAUUCCUUCUAGUAGUUCUGGAUAUCCGUUUUCAGGAACUGAAAAAAACCGCCGAAGAUUUCAAUCAUCUUGGUAUAAGAUGUUUGAUUGGUUAGAAUAUUCUGAGGCCAAAGAUGCUGCUUAUUGUUUACCCUACUUUCUUUUUGCUAAAAGGCCUACGGGGCGGUUUGGAGGUAGUGCAUUUACAAUUGAAGGAUUUCGUAAUUGGAAGAAAGUUAAUGAUGGUACACAUUGCUCUUUUUUGGCCCACAUGGGAAAUGGGCCAUGUUCACCUCAUAAUAAUGCUGUUAAGUGUUGUGACAAUUUGAAAAAUCAAUCUCAACAUAUUGAUAAGGUGAUAGAUAAACAAACUUCGGAAGAAAAAGUGAACAAUCGAUUGAGAUUGAAGACUUCAAUUGAUUCUAUUCGGUAUUUGGCAUAUCAAGGAUGUCCUUAUAGAGGUCACGAUAAAGGUUCCGAUUCUAAAAAUCGUGGCAAUUUUCUUGAGUUGAUAAAACUUGUGUCCAAUUACAACGAGGAUGUUGCCAAGGAUAAAAUAUCUGACGUUCUUUCUCAAAAUUGUCUUGAUAUUCAAAGUAUUCGUGGGCAAGGGUAUGAUGGUGCUAGCAAUAUGCGUGGUGAAUGGAAAGGAUUGCAGGCAUUAUUUCUCAAUGAAUGUUCUUGUGCAUACUAUGUUCAUUGUUUUGCACAUCGAUUACAAUUAGCAUUAGUUGCUGCAUCUCGAGAGGUAAUUGUUGUUCAUGAUUUCUUCUCAAAUUUGAAUUUCAUUAUCAAUGUGGUUAGUGCUUCAUGUAAACGUCAUCAUGAUUUGCAAGAUGCUCAAGAAGAAGAUAUCGCACAUUUGAUAGCUAUUGAUGAACUUGAAACUAGAAAAGGGGCUAACCAAAUUGGCACUUUGAAACGAGUUGGUGCGUUGGGGUUCUCAUUUUUAUUCUAUUUGUAG